CGUCAUGGAUUGCUAAUUACCCUCAGCAGAGCUAGUGCUGCUAGUGAUGUGCGUAAAUCUGGACAUUUUAUCGAUUUUAUUUCAUCUUAUUCUCAGACUGUUUUCUUGUCACCGAGACAAGGUGUGCAUAAUUUCUAGGCCCACACAGAAUGAUGCCAUUUGAACAUACAUGUAUUUGAAAAUUUGCGCACGAUUUGACUUUACAAUGAUGCCUUACAUGGCGUGUGAACAACAGGAAGUGAUGCAUAAUUAUCAACAUUUGUGACAGUCAUACGCUGUGAACUUUUGAAGAAUUUUAAUGUAUUAACCAUGGAAAACAAAAGUAUUUCCACUUCUCCGGCUUUGUUUAUUGAAAAAAGUGCCACAAAAAAUGCUUAUAGCAAGUAUGGAGAACAGAUAAAAGCCAAGAAGAAAACCAAGCAUAAAUUUCCUAAAUUCCAAAACUCAAGAAAAAUUGGAAAGUUGAUGGUCUUUAACAGAACGAGAAGGAAUGAUGGCCUGACCUACCCAAAGGAAAACAGAAGAGUAAGCUUUGUAGAAAAGAGAGCUGAAGAGGUGUUACCAGACAUCUCUAACUUAUACUGUGAUAUUGAGGAGAUAAGAGCCAAGAUGACUGAGGAGGAAGGCCAGGAAUGGCUGAUUGAUCUGCUGACUGAGGUCCAGCUGGACCAGUUCUACACCAAGCUCCGCGACGACCUCCAGGUCACCAGACUUGGUCACUUUGACUAUGUGAAGACAGAGGACCUGGAAAAGAUUGGGAUGGGUAAGCCGGCAAGUCGCCGACUGUUAGAUGCUGUGAAGAGGAAGAAGGCCACUCUGAGGAAGAAAGGCAUCUUAGAUAAGAUUCUCCCCGGAAGCAAACCCAAUGAAAGAUUUUCCACCAAGAAAAGUAGUCCGACACCUGGGAAAUCUUUGAGCCCUGUGAACCGAGAACAGCUGCUUACCUGCUUGAUCAAUGAGAAAGCUCUAGUCAUGUACAGUAACCUUGGGAAUGGCUCAUUUGGUGUGGUGAGGAAAGGAGACUGGUCAACACCAUCAGGAAAUAAGAUUCCUGUUGCCAUAAAAAUCCUGAAAAAUGAUGCGCUGGCUCUGCCAGGUGCCUUUGAAGAUUUUGUAAAGGAGGUGAAUGUGAUGCAUUCUCUGGACCACCCCAACCUGAUCCGCUUGUACGGAGUUGUGCUCUCCACACCCCUCAUGAUGGUAACAGAGUUAGCUCCCUUGGGAUCUCUGCUGGAUCAGUUACGACGAGAGCAGCAGAAGUACCUGUUAACGACAUUGUGCGACUUUGCCAUCCAAAUUGCGACUGGGAUGGGGUACCUGGAAUCUAAACGCUUCAUCCACAGAGACCUGGCCUGCAGGAACGUGUUGAUGGCCUCAGCAGAAAAGGUGAAAAUAGGUGAUUUUGGUCUAAUGCGAGCCCUUCCCAGUCAAGAAGAUCACUAUGUGAUGACAGAACACAAAAAAGUGCCAUUUGCAUGGUGUGCCCCAGAGAGUCUGAAGUCUCGUCAGUUCUCCCAUGCGAGCGACACCUGGAUGUUUGGGGUGACCCUUUGGGAGAUGUUUACCUAUGGCCAAGAGCCCUGGAUGGGCUACAAUGGAUCGCAGAUUUUACAGAAGAUUGACGUUGAGAGUGAGAGGUUGCAGAAGCCACCCCAUUGCCCUGCGGACAUCUACCAGCUGAUGUUACAGUGCUGGGCACACAAACCUCAGGACAGACCUACAUUCCUCGCUCUCAAGGACUUCCUCUGUGAGGUGCGACCACCUGAGAUGAGGGCUAUCCAGGCAUUUAAGGAGGGAGACAAGCUGGAGCUGGAGGCAGGGGAUCACAUCAUCAUCAUUGAUGGCAGACCGGACCAUUUCUGGUGGAGAGGUCAGAACAAACGAACUCAUGAGGUCGGACCUUUCCCCCGCAAUAUUAUGGACCCCCAACGAAGACUUGCAGCCCACGACAUCAGCCAUCCUCUGAGAAACAGCUUUAUCCACACUGGGCAUGGUGAUGUUGGAGGCUCCACAUGGGGGGAUCCAUCCAUCAUUGAUGAGGUCUAUUUGAGAAAUCCAAUGGAGCCUCCAGAUAUAUCUGGAGAGACUGAUGAUGUCAAACCCACACAACUUCCAGACCGCAAUAAACGACCGUUAAUGUACCAGACUCUUAAUGGUGGGAAGCUGUUCCAGUACGCCAAAUUUCAGAAUGAGGCAGAUAAAGAAAGGAAAUCCAGUCCAAAGCCAAACAGACAGGAGCGCUCUAAAUUCUCCCAUAAAUCGUCGUUUUAUGUUUCAUCUCACUCCGACAGUCGCAUACCAGUAAAUCGAGCAAAGCCCAACGCAACGUACCCACGAUCUGGUAAAGAGGAGAUUCAUGGGAAACGUCGAAGUGAAGAAAGGCCCCUCAUUGACCUGAGCGAUGAGGUUGAAUCUACCAAUGCCGCAAAUCUGUCACGUAACUCUGCAAAAAACUCUCUGUCACUUUUUGACACUUUAAUGACUGCGGACACAGAAUUAAGUAUUUACAGGAAUGUUGAGUUGCCCAGACCUCUCAUAGGAGACCCCAAUGCAGAGAAAGAUCCCUUUGACCUGGUGUUUGACGGACUGCGGUACUCGGGUCCUUCCACUGGCAGUAGUAAUAACAGCCGUAGUGUCACCCCAAUACAGCAAACUGCAAGCUCUGACAUGACAAAAUCCUCCACAUUGCCAUCAUCCUCUGCAUUGCCUUCAUCCUCCGCAUUGCCUUCCACCUCCACAUCUUUGUCCUCGUCACUAAUCGUCCAAAAGCCGUACCAAUCAAACAAAUUGCCGUCAGCCGACAAUUAUCAGCCUCCAGUUCCCCCAAGGUCACAGUACAGCGAAGUACCAGAACAGAAUUUACAGAAUCUACCAGCAGCCACUAGUCAGUACUCAUCCUCUGGUAGCAGAUAUUACUCUGUACCACCGUCAGAAGAUGGGACGUACGCGUCAGUUCCAACCCCCAGUAACACGACCUCUAACUCAGCCUCAGAGUACCCCAAGGUCAGUGCUGGGACAAACCGGCAAAUCAAGCCACCAAAUCAGUGGGUCAGUUUCCAACCAAACCAGUCAGAGGCAGGUAAUAAAAAUGCAAAAGCUUUUGAUUGGCUGAAUGACCAGUUAAGUAACUUUUCACUGACUCCAACCUCACCCGCCGCCAGUCCCAAUAAGACAUUCACGCCGCCUCCACCAGUGGGCGCUCCUUUGUAUGACAGCGUCCCUCCUGCAUGGGAGAGCUUUGGUUCACCUAACCAGCAGCGUAAACACGAGCCUGUUGUGUACAAAUCAGCACAAUAUGAUGAAGUACCCGUUGAGGCAACAACACCACCCAACCCCAGACCUCUUCAACAAAAGGCUUUCCAGGAGAAGUUAUCCCAUGUCCUGAUCCAGCCGAGGUCUCAGUAUGGUGUUGCCCCGGGGACGGUGGCCGGAGCAGUCCCAGGUGCUCGUCCCACAGUCUGCCUCACCAGUACCAGGGACAACUACAAACCUAUGUCAGACUUCGCUGAUGAUGAGUGGGACUCAUUUGAGUCUGAUGACUCGAAUGAUCAAGCGCCUAACGGUGGCAUAGCGGAGCACCCUCCCCCCUUACCUCCACGGGAUUACCUCCAGGAUGGACAGCCUGAGGCCAAGUCCAGCAGUUUGGACGACCUGUACUCUGUACCAAGAAAACCUCGCAUCCACCCUGUCAAACAGGAGGGUGUGCAGCUCAGCCACACGCACUACUUUCUGUUGCCAGACAAGCAAAAGAAGGACUGCCUUCCUGCCAACACGGCUGCUGUAAAACCAUUCUCGGUGGACGGAACACAGUACCAGCGCAGCAUCAGUGCAGGCGCAGAGUCCCGAGUAAACAGCGACAUGGAUCCAGUCAUCAACCAAUUGCGACAGCGCUCAAGGUCACAGCAGAGGUCAGAGUAUGAGAAUCUUGACUCAGAGGGGCCACCAUCUCCAAAGACCUCACGAACUGCUUCAGUCCACAGUGAAAAUUUGUCUUGGUCAGGGAUGACAGGGUUUAAGGCUGUAAGCCCAGAGCCCAACCAUGGUCGCCCAUCUCCUGGGCGACAAGUUGGGAGGCGCGAUAGAGCCAAGGCCACCGACCAAGGCUAUCAAGGUCAAGGUCAAAGGCAGACAUUUUCUCCUUCUAGCUCUCCCAGAGACAAAGUACAGUACGUCCUAAGUAGCGUGUUGGGUGUUACGGACGAUGAGUGUCACACAGCACUGUGCCAUGCCCAGUGGAACUGUGAAACCGCGAUACGAUACCUGAAGGUGGAACAGCUGUUUCGUCUGGGUGUGGCCACAAGAGAUCACUGUGAAAAGCUGUUAGAGGCUUUACAAUGGGACCUGGAGCUUGCAAGCAGUGUGUUGUUAGAUGGCUACAAGGAUAAUACAUGUAGUCAGUGUGUGUCUACUGUGUAGUGGGAGGUACAAUUCUUCCAGGUUGUGGCUGCACAAACUGACAUGGAGGUUCCUGCUGGGUAAGCCGCAGAAAGGGAGGUAAUCAGUAGUCCACUUAACAGUGUUCCUUGAAUUUUUGAGUGAGGAUCAGAAACAUGAGUGGUCAUUUCCUUGUGUUGUAAUACUGAAGUGCAGUUUGAGCAGCUGUUUUAGCCAAUGGUAUGGUCAACCGUUGUGGGAUGUUACCAAGUUGUUGCAUACCUCUGUAGUGCACGAGUCCCCAGGCUUAUUGAACCAGUGCACAUACACUCUUCUCUCAACUGGCCCCUUUUUCUGGAACAUAUAUGGGGUUGUGUAUAUAAAAUGUAAAAGUGCAAAUUUAACUACCAAAGGCAGUUAUGCACCUUCAAAGUAUGCAUGAAAGCAGUACAAGUACAAAGGCUAGACAAAUAACCCGAGUGCUUUUAGGAGUAAUCUCAGUUUUCAGGUUUGUAAUCUGUGGAAAGUCAGUUGCAUCAGGUUUUGUGUGUGCAGCUGUUUGUGUACAAAUCAAAAUAAUUAAAAGACUGUGUUUGCAGAGAGCCAGAGUGCACAUUCAAAUUGCAAACUUUUCUGUCAUACACGCAAUACAGAAGCAGAAGGUCAGUGUCUAAAAGUUUAUUGGGCCAAUUUCACAAACCAAUUGAGUCAAUACAUUUUGUUUGUGUCCAGAGAAUUUCAGAUUGCAUUUUUCACAUAUGUGCUCCAAAUUUCAGCCCCAUUUUAUACAUUAGAUUUUAAAUUUUGACACAAGUUAAAACAUUUAGUAUAAUAUUUGGGUUGUCAACAUAAUGCAGAAAUGGAAAAGACAUUUAGAUGCAUGUGUACAUGUACAGUAGUUACAUGUACUGGUUGUCUACAUUGUAUGUCAAAUGUAAUUUUACUCAUUGUUAUUAAUUAUGGUACUCAAGGUCACAUAAUUGUAUCAUUUAGUGGAUUAACCCAAUAGCCCUAGCUGUUGCUAGCUUUGAGGGCUGGUACAUGUAUAUAGUAGGUUGUGAAUAACAUGCAAUGUAAUGAUGUAAUGCAGACUUCUUACUCCUGUUUUUCUGACUGCAAGAUACACUGUGCAAAAGUGUUCAUUGCAUCUAAGCCAUUUUACUUGUAAACAGACGCUGAAGACUAGUAAGUUUUCAGAUAAAUACACAUAAGUAUCUGAGUCAAACAUAACAAUGAAGAAUUAUUAAUGAUGAUUACCAGGCACAUAUUCACAGGAGUUAAUGUAAAAUGUGAGUUUGUUAAAAAUGUGAACCUUUUACAUGAAAAAUGUGCAAGUAGUUAAGUGCAUUCGUGUAUCUAAAUGUACGAUAGACGCCCAUGUCAGUGUUAUGUUCAAAAUAUGUGCAGCUGAGGUUGAACAAAUAUUACAGUGAGUGUAUUUAUGAUAUAUGACAAGCCUGAGUUGUGAGCAGUCCCGACUCACAUGGACCUGAAUGACCAUAAAUUUCAUCCAUGAUUAACUUGCCCAUUUUUCCUCAUUAAGUGGUUUAUUGAUUUCUGAAAGGUGUUUUGAGUGAAUGAGUGCUUGAGGUUUAACAGAAAGGUGUUUUGAGGUUUGCUCGGAAGAUGGGGUGACAUUCAACUGGAAAAGUUUAAGUUUCAGCACCAAAAAUACUAUUUUGUGACAUUUAUUUGCCUCUAAAAAUGCACUUUUGUGGGCGAAAUUUGAGGUCAGUUAUGGUAAAUUGUUCUCCCAAAGUAUAUAAGAAAACUUUUGACUGUAGCGCUAGGAGGUUACCUCUGUUUGUUAUGGCUGUACUGACUCUCACUUGAUACAAUAAUAUUGUAUUCAUAUCAGUCUUGCACGUAGAGUGUGUUCACAUAACAGAAGGAAAGUUUUUGUAUCAUAGAUGACAAACAGUGAAUCAUUAUUUUGUAGAGUGUGCUUUUGGUAACAGGUUAUUAUUAAGGAAGAGUGGUCAGUUGUCUUAAACGUAGCAAUAAAGUAUCGUUUUAUACGUGUAUGAAUGAUAAAAAACACAUUCAUGUUAGGUAAGUUCCAUAAUUUAGAUCUUUUGUACGAGAUCAUAAUUCAUAUAAACCAUUUAAUGUGUGAAGGUACUAAAACUACAAAACCAAAUGAUCACAAGAAGCAUGUAAUGCAUUUUGGGAGGAAUAAUUUUCAUUAUUAGUUUGAUUAAUUCAAACCCAAUUAACACAUCCUGUGAUUGGAUAUUAGAACAUGUGAUUUGGCUAUGUUGAAGUUGCUUUAGAAAUAAAUUGCUUUAGAAGCAUUUAGUGAACAAGUGAGACAGAUACUAGAUUCUUACAGCUAACUAUACAUUUACACUAAAUGGUAUUACAUGUAAUAAGAUGUUUGCACAAUGCUUACAAAAAGUGCUGUUCUCAAGCAAAUAAACUAAGUUUUCUGUACCUGUUGCCAGUGUAACACUGUAGUGAAAUUACAUGAAUAUUGGUAAUGUCAGAAUCACAAUUGAAACCAAUAAUGAGAAGUAAAAGUAGGUAAAGGCAUUAUCUAGAAAGAGCUAGUUGAAUAGAGAAUAACUUUUUUAUGCUUAAAUUUAAUAAUCAAGCCAUUGUUCUGCUGAGCUUUUAAGCCAACGUAAUCACACACAAGAUUAGGGAGUUACAGUAUGCGUUUCUUUUCAAUACUGGUGGUUUAUCAUGUACAUGACUGGCACCAUUUCUUUGUGCAAGUCUUUUAAAAUAAACCAUUGCAUGCACUGACAAAUUUAACCUGCUAAGACCUGAGAAACAAUAUGUGUCAUAAAAUUGUAUUUUAGAUUGAAACACAAAAAUCAGCAAGAAAGAGGAGGGGCCAGAAUUUGUUUGUAACAUAUAGGCCCGUGUUUAACAUGUUAUGUCUUUGUCAGUUCUGAUUGGGUAUGUAUUUGAAAAGCUUGAUCCCUUGCCAUCAUUUUGAUUGAUGGUAAAUAUGCAUAUUGAACAAGAUGUUUGACAACCUGAUGUACUUUUGAUACUAAAAUAUUUAUAUGUGUAUGACAUUGAGAAAAGGUAGUCUGUAAGAAUCCCUGAACGGAUAUACAUUUUCAUCAUUGUCUGCAGAUGUAUGUGAGUGUUGUUGUUGCUAUAAAUAUGGUGUCAUUCUUUCUUGAAGUUCAAAGAUUAGUGAAUGAAAUGGACUUGUAGGUUUUGUUAGUGCCAAUUUACAGUAUGAGGAAAUCUGUUGGGAAGAUAAGAACAUGAGCAUUAUAAGAAUGAUUGUUGUAGCCUUUGAAUGAUUGUGUAUAAGGCAAUUUUGUGAUGUCACGCAAGCUGGUGACCGCAGUGUUGGUAGUUGUUGUUGUUAUGUGUAAAAUACAAAAUGUUUUUUAAAGCAGUUGCAUUGUUGCAGUAAAUGAAAAACCAUUGGCCACUCACAUACUAUUGGUGAUUUCAGUUGAAACAGUUCAAACCAAUGCUUGUUUGUUCCAUCUACAUGUUGUUACCACAUCUUAAAUGUUUUACGCUCAUCCUGUUAAUUAAAACGUCAGCUUAAGGAGAUUAGUUACCUCAUCUAAAAAAAAAAAUCAAAUCAUAUUAAGACAGAUGAUCUAUAUGUAAUCACUUUAGCUAAUAUUGUAAUUAAGUAUAUGUACAUGUAAGCAAGGGUUUAGGUGAAAUUAAUAAGGUGUAUCAGAAAAUAAAACAGUGUUUACAUUUUUCAUAUACACUAUCUUUAAAUCCUAAGGCAUAUACUUUAUAGUCUCACUUUCGAUCAAAGAAUAUCGUUAAAAAAAAAAUUAAGAAAAAAUUAAGUGUUGGUGGAAAGACCACUGAAAACUACUAUGUCCAAUCCUAUACCUAAUUGUUUUAGAUUUAUUUAUUUCAUUUUAUUUGUAUUAUUAUCUGAUGUAAUGGAGUAUAAUCUUUGAAUUCCUUUCUAGGAUUUUUGGACCAGUUUAGAUGUCAUUCAUGUCACAGUUGUUUGUUUUCUUUUUUGUUUUCAUCCUAAAUAGGUCAACUGCAAUAACUGUUGGUUAUCUACCUUUUCUGUCAUGUAUAGGCACAACACUAAAAUGCAUGGUAGUGUGUGGAUAGAAUUAAAUAACUGCUCAAAUUCUGUUGCAGGCUUCAUUGACCGUAUUGACAAGAAUUUGAUAGAAAAGUAAAACUCAUUACUUCACUUUCA